AUGGUCGAGCGUCUCGGCCCCGUGGAGCAGCUCGUGGACAAUGUAGACCAGAAAGAGCGUGCGGCGGAGCGACUCCUGCACAACCCACGUCUUCCAGUCGACAGCAGAGGGCGCGCCGAGAAACGAGUGCGCAAAGCGGCCGUCCGGGGCAGCGCUGGCCAGCUGCUGCAAAAGACGCCGUGUCGCCCGGACCAGGUACUCGUGGUGCAGCACAGCCGCGUUGAGCCGUGA